GUACUGUACGUAUGUAUGAGUACUAUACGUAGACGUAGCUGAAAAUAUUCAGUUUCGUUUUUACAAGUCCGAUCGCUUCCAGGCUAGAAUAGUUAAAUCUAUCUGAUAUAUAUUUAUAAUUUUAUAUUUAGUGCAAUUAUUAUAAGCGAUUUCAUAUAACAAUAGCUCUAUUCAACAUAAAGCUUGACUAGUUAUGUCGAAAAGCGUGUAUGGACAGUAUUUCAAAAGAUUAGAAAGCACUACGUGUAAGCGUAGAAGAUUCGGCAUGCAUCUGUAAGCAGAUAACAUAGCUAUUAUAUUUCUAUCUUAUUGCCGGAAAGUACGCCAUCCUAAGCGGGUACACAUAAUUGAAAGUACUGGUUAUAAUUUUUCUUGAGGAUUUCUUGAAAUAAUAGUUUCACGGUGGUUCACAUCGAACUAAGAUUCGGUACGUCAUCUAGUUACGUACGUCAAGGUAGGUAGCGUUUAGUAUUCGCCUCAGUCCUUGAUGAUAUCAUGCGUUUUGUCCGAAUUUACUAUCAUUUGCCCGAAUUAGUUAUAUUAAUAAUAUUCUUGCAACAAAAAUUCUCAUUAUAAAACUCACGGACACGCGUAGCUAAGAGAAAAAAUCUAGGGCCUUACAUGACUGUGCAUACUUUUAAUAAGUUUGUACGAACAUGACAGCUGGUUCAAAAUAAUGAUGCAGCAUGGCAAACCCAUCGCCUUGCAUACAGCUUGGGCUCUGGCACAAGUUUAAGUUGAUGAGACUAUAGGAUAGGCUAGAUUUACAAGCCAUCAAAAGCGCAUCGUUCAUAUCAGAGUAAAGCUGAAUUGUUCACGAAGCAAAACAGAGCUCAUUGACUAAGGGAAACGAAGCCGUGGGAUUCGAGACCCCUGGAUAUGGCUGUGGCCAUUCGAACCCAAGAUGAAGAUGAGGAGUAUCUAUCUGCAGAACAUUACGCGGAUUAUCCAUCGGUGUCGUUGACCGAGGCUGUUACCGAAAAGGAGCGUCAGCGUAGAAAAGCCAUUCGUAAACAUAAACUUUUGGCGGUAAUCGACUCACUCGAGCCAAACAUUGCAAAAUGUUGUUCAGCCCUGUUGCGUUGUUUGAUGCAGAAGCUGGCUGACAGGAAUGAUGAGACAGAUCCACAGUCGGCCCUGAUUCCCCGGGAACGCUUUGGAUUACAGCAGUUUUAUCAGACGGCCUACCUUCUGGAGCGAAAGCUUCGCCGAAAAUGCCUGACCUAUCUGCACGUUCGAGAGUAUCUUCACAAUCUCGCCUACCUCUAUGACCAGUUCAUUGAACGCUUCGGACUUGACUAUUCGAACCUAAUCUCCAGUAAUCUUCGAUCAAUAAUACUCACUCUUGAACAGCUGACAACUCAUCUCGAAAGAUGUUCAGGAGUCACUCCGACAGAUUGGAUUGAGGUGAUGCAAUCAUUUCUUACCGGGACAGCCAAUGUCAUUGAGCUUGAUCGAACCUCAGCAGACACGACACCUGCGCCUAGCGUGCGAAUGUUCACGCCAGUGGAAAUAACAGAGGCAGGGGUUUUUGGCGCAUCGUACGCAGCAUUGCUUGGCGCUGGGCACGGGGACGUGCCGGUUACUUUUAAGAUAGUCAACAUGUUUACCGUACGAUACAAUCAUUCACUCAUCAACGCAACGAUGUUCGCCGAAAUUGUCAGUUCGCCGUGGGUUUGCAUUCAGUACUGUUCAUUCGCUGCGCUUGAGGCAUACGUUUCUGUUAGUGAACCUUUUGCUGGGAUAUCACUGUUUCGUCUAGUAAAGACUCGGGGUUGCAUCGAGUCGCCAAAUAAUCUGAAAAUAAUAUUGGCGCAGCUUGCGGUUGCAGUACAGCAUAUUCAUUACCAAGGGUUCAUACAUCGAUGUAUUAAGCCGUCGUGUGCGCAAGUGAAUUCCCGAGGCCUCGUUAAAGUGUGCGACUUUAGCAAAUCCAGGGUCUGUUUAGGUCGGUUCUCGUCAAACAAAUUUCGUAGCUAUGAUAGAGGUACGGUGGCCGAAUUCUCUGACAAAUCCCGAGUCGGCAGUCUGAAUUAUAUGGCACCGGAAAUGCUUCAACGUAAAGCCUACGGCAGAGCAGCAGAUUGGUGGUCCUUUGGAGUGACGGCAUUUUCGCUUGCGACAGGCAGGAUUCCUUUUAAAGGAAACACAUAUGCUGAGCAAAAAAAAGCAAUUUCGAUUGCAAAUUACGACUGGCCAAGAGAAACGUGUCCCGGUGUCACCUCUAAACUUCGUUCGCUUGUUAAAAAAUGUCUCGUUACCCGACCUCAACAGCGGUUAUGUUCAGCGUCAUAUCGAGACCUGUGGCGCCACACUUAUUUUUCAGGUCUCGACAUCGAUCAUUUGCAGUUCAGUGAACAACUAGCUGACAUGCCUGUUAUCGACGAGAUAAGAGCUACCUCUAGAAUGACGAUGGAAAAUAGCCAAGCGUCUAUUUCGUUUGAAGAACUCAUUGACAACGAAGAACCUAACCCUUUGUUUACUUUCACAUCGCCGGGCUUUGUUCGGGCGAUACGCAAACUCUCCGCUAACGAAAAAAUUUCUCCAGAAAUUAUCCGAGACCCUGUUAUGUUCUUCAGUUUGGAUGAAACCUGUCAAUACCGAUUCCACGAUAAGGCUAUCCGAAGGGCUAGUAACAGCUCGAAGCAUCUGCAACAGCAACCACGCAGUGAGGAGAGCUCAAGCACCACAAGCUCAUCAUCUUUUCAACGACUUGUUGGCUCAGAGGAACUACCAUAUAAUAGUGACAUUAAAGGCCAUAGAACGCGUCCUCUCUCUAAAAAGACUACUUCCGGGAAAGCUACGAUAACGGCCAUUAAAAGUUUAGGGCCUUCUGUACGAGCAGUAUCUGCUGGAAGGUCGUUUCUCGAACUAGUGCGAAAAAUGGAAAGUGGAAUGACCUCAGGAAGCUCAAGUGCGCCGAAACGUUAUUCUCUUUCGAAUCCAGUAUCAGACAAAAAUACCAGUACCGCUCUUGUAUCGAACAUUAUUAGGGCAAACGAUAAAAGACAUCGAAGAGGACCUAAACAAAAGGAAGCGCAUGCUUUCACAGACAGAUGCUGAGAACCUUUACGGUGCGUCUUGAAAAACCGGUAGCUGCCGUCCUAGUGCAAAGGUAAGGCUCUUAUUUUGAAAUCUUGUAGCUAACCUGUAAAACGACCUAAUAAGCAGUGAGACCGGAUCAGAUUGAUGCAACUACUUAAUGAGCCCAUCCCAUCAGGUCUACCCGAUGUGUCAUAGAUGUAAGGCUACAGUCGGUUACGAUUUGCGGAGUGCUAGGAGUAACAAGUAUUAGGAUUCGCGACUGACAAUGGCAUUAUUUAACUAUGUUCACUGACCCACCUUGACCAUGACGAGACAGGCAGGACGACGAUGGAUUUAGGAUGAACCGUUCACGAUGGCCGGUAGUAUGAUUUAUAGUAGGCUUUCGUGACAUGAUAUGUGGUUUGUCUUAAACGCAUCAAGAUACCCGCAAGCAAAGUGCCCACGACAAGGCUAGACUAAAUACAACCAAGAGAGAUAGAGCACGGGUUGCCAUCAUCGGCACAACCACAAGCCUAUUCGCUAAAGGAAACUGCGCUGUACAAGAGCUGACGCCAAAAGCAUUUUUGUCUAAUAAAGAUCAACUGAAUAUGCGGAAGGCAACGAUGCUGCAGCUAGGUGGGAAGAAUAAGAGCUGAUUUUACGUAUGAGCCUAAGUAGGGCCACCUGAGAGGUGCUACAGUAGCGUCCGUGCCCUAUCAUUGAUACGAAUAAAAAGCCUGUAAUCAUAAGAACUCGUCGGUGUUGUGCAAUAAUCUAAACAAUACAACUAACACGAAGAGGAAGUACCAAUAGCUAGAAUCAAAUACGCCAUUGAAAUAUAUCGUAUUUUUAGCUUGGUAUCCUUUUCUGUCACUCACUCACUCACACAGAUAUCUGAAGCUUGUUUU